ACCGUAUUUCUGUCUUUUCUUGAUUAUCUCCCCUUGUGAGGGGACUUGGCCCUUCAUUUUAACAAUUUAAAUUUCCCUUCACCCAAGAAUACUUUGUACCAAGUUUGGUCAAAAUUGGCCCAGUGGUUCUUGAGAAGAAGUCGAAAAUGUGAAAAGUUUACAGACGGACAGACAGACAGACAGACGGACGACGGACAAAAUGUGAUCAGAAAAGCUCACUUGAGCCUUCGGCUCAGGUGAGCUAAAAACAGAAACAAAGAAAUCACAAUGCAAUUUCAUCAUCCACGGGCGCAAAGAAACACUCUGGUUUAGAAGGUUGGACUAUUUUGGAUUUUGGUAUUAAUUCUACUUAUAAAUUUCCCUUUUGGUUGUUUUUUUUUAUAAAACGAAAUCACACAAAAAUUCAAAUUUAUAUCUAGACUUUUCGGAAGAAAAGCAGAUGCGAAAAUCCUCCAUUUGCAAGACGAAGAACCCCAAACGCAGCAAGUCAUGGAAUCCUUUUACCACACCAGACAAAACAAAAUUGUAUUUCCUGUGCAAUGCAAGAGAAAAUGAAUGCAGAAAAAUUAUGUGUAUGUUUAAAGAAGUUAAUUCUUUGCCUUACGAAUUUAUUUGGAAAACAAGUGCAAACGAAGUGGCCUUGCAAGAAAAGGUUUUUCUUGUAUGUUUAAAAAUGUCUCGCUUAGAAGAUGAUAUAGCACACACAAAAUCAAGUGUUUGUCUUUCAGAUGCAGUAAAGCCUAUAUUAAUUAUUCUACACUACUGCGUUAAAGGUGUACAGCUUGAUAUUUCUUUGCCAAAUGAGGAUGCUCGUUUCGAAGAUGUUAUCAAUAUUUUGUACAGUGAUGAAUCAGGAUGCUAUGAAUGUAACGAAAAUAGAAUUGCUUCAAAGAAGAUGAAAAAAGUGGUUGCAGAUUUUGUUUGAUUUUGUUAAAGUGUAGUGUGAAGAGGAAUGUACGAAAAUCACGAAUGUAAUGGAGAAGGAGCCUAAUUGUUGUAAUGUUUAAAGAUUCAAGACUUUCUUUCUAUGUCGAUUUAGUUUCUGUUAUUGUAAAUAACUUGUGACCCAAUGUAGUUUGCCAACUAUAUUAUGUUAAUUUCAGACUUUGGAAAUUAACAAAAUUAACAAAACAAAGUUUUGUCUAUACCACAAUGUUUUCCCGACAUAAAAUAAAAAUUCAACAAGUGUUUAUUGGAUUUAUAAUAUUAAUUAACAUUAUUCUCAUUUUUAUGUUGUCAGUGACAGUUUAGUUUGCUUUUAAUAUUUUUGCGAUGUUUCAUGAUUUGUUAAGAUAGUUUUCAUUUUCAAAACUCCUAUCAAUGUUGAGCAAUUUUGAGAGCCACGUAUUUGUAACUUUACUUGUCUUAUACAAGGGAUUUUUUUCAUUGGUAUCAUUUGUGUUUUGGAUCAUACAUGUACAUUCACACUUUGCGUUUGAAAAAAGCUCAGGUGGAUUGAAAAUGAAUUUCAAACUAGAAUUUCAAUGUUUUCCCCGCGUCCUCAUCGAAUUGUACCCGCCCAUUUCAUUGUCUAUCAUUGAAUGUUUUCAUUGUCACAGAUAGAAAUUACGUAAGAUGUAUAUUUCUAAUCUUGCCACUUGAUGAUCCGCGUUCUUAUAUAAUAGAAGCGAGAUAUGUAUAACUUGUACUACUCUCUUAUCACGAUAAUUAAUAAUAAUGUUUGUAAAAUGUAAACUUGUUUAA